AUUGCCUUUUCAAACUGUGUCCAAUGAACAGAUACUCGGCACAGAAACAAUUCUGGAAAGCAGCGAAACCUGGAGGCAACAGUACCACCGACACAGUCCUCCUCAACAAACUUCAUCAUGCUGCAGACCUGGAGAAGAAGCAGAAUGAGUCUGAGAACCGUAAGCUCCUGGGAACAGUCAUCCAGUAUGGAAAUGUAAUUCAGCUGCUGCACUUGAAAAGCAACAAAUACCUGACUGUGAACAAGCGUCUACCUGCGCUCUUGGAGAAGAAUGCCAUGAGAGUGACUCUGGACUCGGCAGGAAAUGAGGGAUCCUGGUUCUACAUUCAGCCCUUCUACAARCUCAGAUCCCUGGGAGACAGU